GGACAUGUCUUCGCACUGGCCCGAGACGCCUCUAACAUCGCGAUGUGGCUGUGUUCGUGGAAGGAAGAGCAUCAGAAAACAUCCCAUAACGGAACUGCUCAAAUCCAAGGAUCAUCAGAUGUCGAGCUCUGAAGAAGACAAGACUGCAAGAAGUCGCUCCUCUUCACUGAGAAUGGUUGACGUCCUGGCUGACAAGAAAUAGAAGCGAGCAUACCAAGAAAUAUAUAGACUACAUUAAACGCCUUAGCUAGAGUUAUUUUAUUGAAAUGUGUACAAUAUUUGUGACAAGGAACAGCAGCGGAGAGGUUUUAACUUAAUAAUUAAAUUAAAUUAACUAAAUCAAUUGCAAUAUUGCACGAA